AUGCACCCCAAUAUCGAUCUGGCUGAUGCCAUCGAAGUCGACACGGAUAGCGCAGCGGAUGACGAAAGUCUUUCAAGUGACACAACCUCGUUGAGCUCGUCGAUUCUAUCUCAUGUUUAUGAGAAUGGUCGGUCAUAUCAUGCCUAUCAGGCUGGUGCUUAUAUUCUCCCAAAUGAUGAACAAGAACAAGAUAGACUGGAUGUGCUACACCAUGUCUACCGAUUGUGUCUCGGGGGAGAGCUCUGCCGAACCCCACUACAAAACCCGCAGAAGGUGCUCGACGUCGGGACGGGGACGGGUAUUUGGGCAAUAAGCAUUGCAGACGAGUUUCCUUCCGCUGAGGUGAUCGGCGUCGACCUGUCUCCUAUUCAGCCCACCUGGGUCCCCCCAAAUGUCCGGUUCAUUAUAGACGACUUAAACCAGGACUGGAGCUUCCCAGCCGAUUCUUUCGACUUUAUUCACGUGCGUGGACUUGCCGGAUGUGUAGACGAUUGGUCAGAAUUCUUGGGCCAAUGUUAUGACCAUCUUAAGCCGGGUGGUCAACUUGAAAUUGCUGAGGUAGAACCUCGCAGCUAUGCCGACGACGGGUCGUUCCCCGAGGAUUGCUACUUCAGCAAGUGGCAAAAGGAAUUUCACCGGUUAUCAGAAGUCCAAGGACGAGAUUGGCUUCCAAUGGCCAAUGUCCCCGCACUGCUCAAAGAUACGCCAUUUGAGGAUGUUGACACCAACGUAUACAUGUGUCCAGUCGGGACUUGGCCCAAAGACCCCAAGCUGAAGGAAAUAGGACGAUACAUGCGUGCUCAAACCGUUGACAGCGCGUUAGAGAGUUAUACCCUCGCGAUGUUCACACGAUAUGGGGACUGGAAGCCCGCGGAGGUUGAAGUGUUGCUCGCUCGAAUUCGAGCAGAGCUCAAGAGCAACAAGUUGCAUAUCUAUGCAAAAUGUUAUUUUAUCACCGCACGCAGACCUUUUGAUUGA